CCAUCUCCUCACUGCCAGUCCUUCGGAAUAUUCACUAUUUCAUUCAUUCAUCUACUGUUGCUCUCUAACGUAUGAUACUAAGAGUGCUUCAAAAUAAGUUCGAAAUAUUUCGGCCUACUUCCUUCUUAUUUGGAUACCGAUCUUUCUGCUUACCAGUUUUAAUUAUUAAUUUUUUAUUUAAAAUAUAUUUAUGUUCUUGUGCAUUGAAGGGAUUAGGAACUAGUGUGCUUUAAAGGUUUUGACAUCAACAAAACGGCCUGGUGGGAACGUUAUCGCCUUUCCACGUCAUGUGGUGGAGGCUUAGGUAUAAAAAUGUCGAGUAUCUUAGGAAAAAUUCCGAAAUUUACACUUAAGUUACCUUCUGCAUUGGCUAAAGCUGGACGUACUAUGUCGGAAUGCCCACUGGAGCUGUCAUUUUCUCUUUGUGAUGAUGGAGUUUGUCCUAAAAAUAAGACUGAAGAACAAAUACCUCUUCAAGUGAAGCUACCUCAAGAUUCUGAGAAACAAGGUAUUUUGUUGAUAGACCAAGAAUCACUGGAAAAAGCGGAUGAAGAGAUUAAUGAGAAGCCUGACAAUAUGGAGGUCACAUGCAGUGUUUCAGUAGAUGGUCAAGAAAAACAAGAGUUUUCUUUUACUUUAUAUGAUGUAGAUACUUGUGACAAGACUAACAAACAGGAUGUAGAAAAAGUGGUUGUACGUUCCAUUUGUGAAGCUCUGAACAAGACUUUAAAACUCCCGCCAUCUGGUAGCCGUACCAUAAAAGUCAAAUUAGCCAUCUCUCCAGAUAGUAGUAAAGAAAGUGAUUCUAAAGACUCUCACGAAGACACUGUUAACUGGCAAACAGAAUCUAAAGUACAUUCACCGCCGUCCAAACUCAAUGAUUGUUGCAGUGCUCAAAGUGCGAACACUACUUCGACAUACCUGCAGUCUUCCCUGUCUGAAAAGCCGCCCAAAUAUUCCAGUCCAUCAAUAACAAGAUCACCCCAGGUUGUUCAUAGGUCAUCUCCAUGUGAUGUUAGGGCAAUGCCAUCGCCUAAACUGCGUCCAGCCCGUUACCGUCCUCAUAAACCUGACCAAAAGAAUCAUCUAAGAGAAAAGCUUAAUCUACGCAUGCAUGCCUCUGCCAAUAGGCAUCAACUUGAUGAUUUAGCUCAGAAUUUGGAAGAUGAACCCAUCCAUAUUCCAAAACAAGUGUCCAGUCGGGAUCAUCUCCCCGAAUGCCGAGAUCGUAGGAAUCAUUACUUGGACUUAGCUGGUGUGGAAAGUCCUAAACGCAACAAUCUUUCUCAUCCAAAUUGUGGGAAUGAAAGUCCACGCCUGAAUUCUGCAACGAAUGAACACCAACAAGGUCGAGUGGACCCUAAAUAUACAUGUCCUUAUCAUCUCUUAGAUAGGACACAGGGUUAUUCAAAAUCUCAUCAUCGAACCAGAGAUGCUCAAAGCUCCUCCCCACUUAAAAAAACUCUGAACUGUCAUCCUAAGCUAAAUGUGGAUCCAGAGGCUAGUCCUCGCUUGUACAGAACUAAUAAGCUCAUUCCUGACCCCGAGGAUGACUUGUUGAAUUUAAAUUAUGAUUUAUGUGAUCUAGUGCCAGAAGCAAAGUUUGAUUGGGAAAAACAAAGCCAUAGACGUUCCAAAUCAUAUGACCAUUACGAGAACAAUAUCCCAAAUCUUGGAGGUUUUUAUUCUCCUAAACUGAAGCCAAGAAACAAUCAAAAUUGGGCUUCUAUUUUGGAGAGUCAGAAAUUAUCCAAUCAUUUACCCUCAUCUCCGGGUCAUCAUUACCGACACCGUCAUCGCGAUCACGAGCGACAGCGAGCCAUGCAGCAGGUUGCCAGCUGGAUAGCUCGCGAACACUCUAAUGCGAAAGCAGACACGGCUAAACAUUUUGUACGGAGUACUAUGUCACCAAGCACAUCUCGUAAGCAAGUUGUAGAAAGGCACGAGCAUCACCACCUCCAUGAGCACGUUCAUCAUCAUUACCAUCAUUUUGUUGAAUUUUAAAUAAUUUUUAUGUGAAUUGUGAUUGUUAUUUUGAACCAUUUCAUCAACCAUUGUGUUAACAUCGAUAAGAUUUAAUUAAUAGCCGAAAAAUGUGCCAUUUUAUGCUUAAGUACAUUUUAAAUGGCUUUCUUCUAAAGAUUCACUUUGCCCUUGCAUUUUCACUGCCACUUAGCCAUAUUAACUAAAAUUAUUCUAAAUUGUUUUCUUAACUUUUUUUUAAAGAACUGCAAAUUUUUUGUAGUUAGAGAAGUGCAAUAAAGAUAAAUUAUAUAAAUUUUAACUAUAUUACUAGUUAUAUUACUAGUAAUUAUAUUACUAGUUUAAGUAAUUGAAUUAUAGUAUCACUUCAUAGCAAAUUAUGCAUUUCUAAUUUAAAAGGGAAGAAAGUUCAUGCUCAGAAUUUUUUCAUAGCCACAAUUUUGUUUCAUGUUAUAUUAAACAAUGUAUUCAAAUAUCACUUAAAAUACCAUUUGAAGAGUAUACACCAGUUAUAUUUUUAAAAACAUGUUUAUUUAAAAAAAUACUUAAACCAAAACUCCAAAAUAAAUCUAUGAGUGAGCUUAAUAAAGUACAAAUUAUUUGUUAUUUAAUUAAAUAGGUUGUAGUAGAUGAAAUUGAGAUUUCUAUAGCUUUUUUUUAAAUUUUUAUUUUGCAUAAAACUUGCACUGUGUAGAUAUGUAUUUUAAAAUUAAAUUAUAGAAAUGUGUAGAAUGCUGUUAUAUCUUGGUCUUCCCAAUUUUUUUUAUCUAUUUUGUUUCACAUAGUAAUUGUAAACAAAUUUUUUUUCCUCCUAUAUACUACAUAGUAGCUGUUAACAAAUUAAAGUAAUCUUUUUGAUACGUCAAAUAAAGUUUUUUACUAGA